AAUUCCACCGAGAAUUACCAAACUUUUCAUUUUCUUUUCAAUUUUUUUUUUUCUCUCCUUCUUUCUCCAGAACACCAGCCGCAUGAUCCGACCGCAAAUCAUAGUAAAAAUAGAAAAUUGUAAUGGUUCAAAAAAAAAAAAAUAAUAAUACAAAUGAUAAGUAAACAAAAUUUUUUUUUCUUACCUGAUCCGGACGGGGGAAGAUAGAUAAAAAUAAAAAUAACGCUAAAUUAACACUAGGACUAAAAACUAAAGUCGAUAAAAAACUAGUCGAUAAACUAACUAACGAAAAACCGAGGCACAACCGCGCGAUCACCAUUGGGUGGGCGGCGGAAGGCUGUCCACCUCAAAAAGCCAAACGAAAAUUUCCUCCUGAUCUCCGGUGUUCCACUCGACCACAAACCGCAGGACCUCGCGACCAGCCCUCUCAUCCGUAUCGCAAUCCACGCCAGCUAGUCCGUAUCUCACUUCAUGUACGAAACGAUCCCGAAGACCCCGACACAUUUGCUCAAGGCACCAUCCAAACGCGAAACGAGCUCCGCCGCUCAAAUAAAAGACUGCUAACCCAUCCUCAUAGGGCUUAAGCUCACAGGGGCCCCGGCACCACAACAGUGCUUCGCGGAGCACUGUUAUCACCUCAUACCACCCUCGCCCGGUGCCCUUAAAUUCCGAAGGAAACAUCUUAAAAAAAAAAAUUUUUAAAACCACACGCCGCGAAAGACCGCCGAGAGCCAAUAGACAUAGACUAAACUGAGAACUACGCGUCUUACGAACAGAGCCGAUCACCAGAGAAAAAAUGCGCAACUUCAGCAAUUAGGGAAUAGCGGGUGUAUACCCCUCCCCUCCCCCACCUUCCGCAAAGACCAGAAGAAACUAAUAGCCGACAGCUAUUGCCAAAUCAGAAUAAAAUUAUACAAUCCCCCCCCCCAAAAAAAAAAAAAAAAAAAAAAAAAGAAAAAAACACCGUCACCUACUAUCUCAAGUCCAACCAUUCUCAUCACCAGUUGGGCUGCAGUCUGGAUAAGGAAAUUAACCUUAGUUCUGAAAGCACCUAUGUGCAUAGGGGAGACUAGGGACACAUGAGAGGUUUCAGAAUUAAGCUAACAUGGUACAAUGGGACUGCGCUUGCAGUUUGGAACUAUAAACUCGGACUCGAUUUAGAAGCGGUGUACCUGCCAUUGAUUUUAUUAUACACAUAGUUAUUAUUUUUUAUUUUUUUUUCUCUCUUCUUUCCUUCUCUCUUCCUCUCAUUCUCUUCCUUUUAUAAACGUUUAAGAAGCUAGAGGGUGUAGGCCCAGAUUGCAGGCUACAGUCUCGUCGACCUACGUCAAAAAAAAAAUUCUUUUUUUUUAAACAAACUUGCUCACCAGCAAUACCAUUUGUCGCUGCUGCGUCGCUGAGACAUACCCAGGCGAAGAAACGCAAAACCUCAGCAUUUAAAUGCGAAUCAGAGUUCUUUCGACGGCUUGGACGCGCCUUUACGCCGCGUCUUUGCACACUGCAUAACUACGCAAUGGCGCAUAUAUGAUCGGAAAGCAUAAUGGGAGUACCAUGGCUGCGUAGCGAACAUGCAUUCCCUCGCUUGGCGGAGGAAAAUUCGAUAAUCGAACUGUUUUUCUCAACCCUUUAUUUUGUAUACAUUUUACAACUUCACCAAAUGAGAAAUUACUAAAAGCGACUUUUAAUUUUUUUUUCCUUUAUUUGUGUGCUCAGGAAAAAAAUUCAAAAUCGACGGACUGUUACAGGCCAGCGAGUGAGUUCAAGCAUCUCAUUGACCCGAAAAUACAAUUGCUAAUAUGGGAACAAAGGGAGUUUUGCUUUUUAUGUUGCUUAUGGGUAAAAUAGCGUCGCUACACUCCUGCGAAGAAAUUCGAGAAACAAAGAUGUUAACAUACAGUACACCUAAACAGGCACUUUUCUCAGAAGGCAGCUUCUUACAGCCUUGCAUAAUCGAUUUAAUAGAAACAUACUCUAUCUGCGGUGUUAGAUAUAAAUCAGAUACGUUAGCAGCUCUGUUCAGAACUGCUAACGAAAAAGAGUCGCAAGGAAACACGGAAAUUAAAUUAGCGCUAUCAAAAUCGAAAAGGGCUGCACCAUUAGUAAUCGCAGGGGGUGUAGCGAUUGCAUCAUCAAUUUGGGCGGGAAUUUCAUAUAGUAGAGUCAAUGGGAGGAUUGAUGAAUUACGACAACAAGAAAGACAUGACACGGCAUAUACAAGAAAAAUUAUGCUGGAACUUGAUCACCGCCAACACCUGGAAUUCGUAGCAAUUCGACGAGAAUUUAAUCAUGUCACGAAAAAUACCCGGGAUCAAAUAUGUAAAGCCACCGAAAACUUAACAAGAACAAUCAUUGAAUCAAAAUUCGAGGAUGAAUUUGAUGAUUUAAUGAAUUCUCUUAAGACACAUGCGGUAACAGCUAAAAUUUUGCCACCCCCUAUCCUGUAUAAUUUGGUUGCAACGCUGCCACAACUACACGAUACAAUCUAUGUAAAAUCACCGUAUUUGAUUUAUCACACGGGAAAAUUUUCGUUCAAUCUGCAGGAAGUGGGAGCGGGAGGAGACAUUCUUAGAGGCGUUUUAGAACUUCCAUUAAUAAAAACGGUUCAGGAAAUUGAAAUGAAAAUUUUAAUAAAAAACGUUGGUAAUGAGCUUUUAGUUUUUAAUCCUGUGUACG